CAGUUUCAGAAGCGGAGAGAGAGGAUCAUAGAGGAAAAAGCUCUCUGGCUACGACUUUUGUCGAAUUCACAUACCAACAUCUAAACCGAACCGGGGUCAGUGGACAAACGCUAAAAAAUAAAUAAAAACAACUGGAAAAUUGUAGGAUUAAAUGAUUUUAUGGAUUAAUUUGAACCUUUUCUUUCGUCGAAAGAAAACAUUCUCAACUUGACUUCAUAGAAUCGUUACGCUGGUCACUCAAGAGGAGCCCCGAGGACUGGGAAAGAGAUGAAGACUCCGGAGGAGCCGCCCUACCUGACAGUGGGCACUGAUGUCAGCGCCAAGUACAGAGGUGCUUUCUGUGAGGCCAAGAUUAAGACUGCCAAGAGACUGGUCAAGGCCAAGGUGACCUUUAAACCAGACCUGACCACAGCAGAGGUCCAUGAUGACAGCAUCCAAGGCCCUCUGAAGGUUGGUGCUGUAGUAGAGGUGAAGAACCCUGAUGGAGUGUACCAGGAAGCUUCCAUCAACAAGCUGACUGACUGCAGUAUAUACACUGUUGUGUUUGAUGAUGGUGACGAGAAGACACUGAGGCGUUCCUCUCUCUGCCUGAAGGGAGCGCGUCACUUUGCAGAGAGCGAGACACUAGAUCGCCUCCCUCUUACCAACCCUGAGCACUUCGGCACUCCUGUCAUCGGCAAGAAGGGGAACCGGGGACGUCAGGAGGAAGAGUCCUCUUCAUCGUCCAGUGAAGAGGAGGACAGUGACGGGAGACAGAACGAAGACCUGUAUGGGAAGGUGGUGUGUGUUGAGGCAGGCCCUGCCUCUACUGCAGACAGGAAGACCAAGACAACAGCAUGGUACCCUGCCCUGGUCAUCACCCCAGACUGCCAUGAAGAGGCCACCAUAAAGAAAGACACCGUCUUCGUUCGUUCCUUCAAGGAUGGCAAAUUCAACACAGUGCUGAGGAAGGACGUAACGGUGAUGGACACAGACUCUCCACCUAAAGCUGACGCAGGGCUCAAGCAAGUGCUGGAUGCGGCUGUGGAGUUUGUGCAUCAGGCGGUGGUGCCCGGCUCCUGGAGGACUGAGGUGAAAGACGAGAGUUCCACAAGUGAGGAAGAUGAGGAGGAGGAAGAGCAGGAGGAAGAGGCCAGUGAAGAGGAGGAUGAGGAGGAAGUGGAGCCGUUCCCCGAGGAGAGAGACAAUUUCCUGCAGCAGCUGUACAAGUUCAUGGAGGACAGAGGAACCCCCAUCAACAAGAAGCCCGUGCUGGGCUACAGGAACCUGGACCUCUUUAAGCUCUACAGACUGGUGCACCAACUGGGAGGCUUCCAUGAUAUUGAGAGUGGAUCCGUAUGGAAGACUGUCUACCAGGCUCUGGGAAUCCCUGUUCUCAACUCUGCCGCCGUCAAUGUCAAAUGUGCUUACCGCAAGUACCUGUAUGGGUUUGAGGAGUACUGUACCUCCUGCGCCAUCACUUUCCGCAUGGACCUUCCACUGAAGCAGCCCAAGGCAGAGGGGGGCAAGGCUGAGGGGGAGACGGGGGAGGCAGGGGGAGACAGUUCUGUCCCACCUGUAGCCUCUUCAAGCUCAGCAGAGGAGCAGAAACGGAAAGCCUGCUACUCUGAGAGAGAGAACCUGUGCUGCUCAGAGACCAGCAGCACUCAGCCCAUCGUCUGCAAGGAGGAUACUGAGCUCACCCGGAACAGACCAGAGCUGGAACCUCUGAAGGCUGAGCAGCAGAAGGCUGAGAGAGAAGGUGGUGAUGAUGAUGAUGAUGGUGUUGAUGAUGAGGAAGGAAACGACCAUCACAAGCACGGCUCUGAUGAUGAAGACGGCCCUUCAUUUGCUCGCCUCAGAGAGGAGGGAGUGAAGCUGGAGCCUUACGAUGAGGAGCAGGAGGCUGGGAAGGCGGAGGACAUUUCUGGCUCUGGGGAUGAGAGCUGCAGUCAGGAGGGCGAUGGUGGUGAUGAGGAUCUGGGGGAGGAAGGGGAGGAGUUUGAGUGUUACCCCCCGGGGAUGAAGGUGCAGGUGAGGUAUGGUCGUGGUCGCAGCCUGAAGACGUACCAGGCCACUGUGAAAGAGGCUGACGUGGAGGGGGGAGAGGUGCUCUACCUGGUUCACUACUGUGGCUGGAACGUCAGGGCCAAACCUACCCAAGCCAAGCUGAGAAACUGAGCUUGCCUGGUUAAACAUCCACCAUAAUUGCUGGAACCAUACUGGAAAGGACCACAAGCAGAAGGAUAUGAUGAGUGGGUCAAAGCUGACAAGAUUGUCCGUCCGGCCAAUAAGAAUGUUCAGAAGAUCAAGCACCGUAAGAAAAUAAAG